CAUAUCGAGUGCUUCUGGGCAGCCGCUGAAGAACGCCUCGGCGAUGCCAGGCGAGCGCGCGACGCGCAAGCGCGCCUUCUACGAGGAGGCCUUCAAGGUGCGGGUGGUGGUGGACGCGCUCAAGCGGCCGGUCUCCAACCGCAUCAAGCCGACGUGCGCGUGCUUCCCUGGCAUCGAGCCGUGCCAGCUGCGCAAGUGGAUCCGCAACCUGGAGCCCAAGGCGCGCGCCGUCAUGAACGGGGCCGAGUACGAGCCGCCCCCCGCCAAGACGCCGCGGGCCGCCCCGUCGUCCGCCAAGCGCCCGCGCGUGCAGCGCACGGAGCAGACAACAACGCAAGGCACUCUGGCGCGGCCGCCCAGCGCGGGCGUCGUGAUGGCGCCGGCACCCGACCCGUGGCGCCUGUUCGCCGGCGAUGCGGGCGACACGUCAUCGCACGUCUUUGUGCCGCCCACCUUCGACUCGAUCCCCGCCCUCGACGCGGCCUCCUCUCUCCUCUCGUCGCACCUCUCGUCGCAGUCGCUCGCGAGCGACGGCUCCGACCAGGCCUCGACGGUCGCGCUGGGCGUCUCGCCGCCGUCGUCGCCCGGCUGCGAGCGCGCCAACGCGCCGACCGGCGCGCACAUUGUCCGGCGCCUCUCGGAGCUCCAGGAAGGCGCCGCCUUGGCGAUGAAGCUCGAUCAGCGCCAGCGCUUGGAGGCGAGCGGGUUCCCGCUCCUCUCCACCGAGGCGGCGGCGCCGAUGCUCCUGCGGCGAGAGAGCUCCGACGAGACGGUGCGCACCGCGUCGGUGCCCCCCACGCUCGCCGAGGCGGUCGCCGUUUGCGGGAAGGAUGUCGCGGCCCAGUUCGUCGGUCCCGCUCUGGUCGCCAAGGGUGCCGGCGCCGGGUGCGGCCUGCCAGGCCGCGUGCCGAGCCGCGUGGGCCUCCCGCCGGCCGCGGCUUUCGACGUCGUGCCGGCCUUCGCCGCCAAGAGCGCGGAGGAGCUGCUCUCCGACGACGGCUUCCUCGAGGAGAUCGGUGCGGAGUCCAGGGGCUUCGUCGAAGAUUGGCUUAGCGAGCUCUCCGUCGAGCUCACGAUGAACAGCGCCGUCGCGCGAUGAGACGGGCGACCUCGCCCCUCUCCCGCCACCGCCCCUCCGCCAGGCGGCUGCUCCAGGCCGCCGGGAGGGCGCUCUAGAUGUACGUUUGCGCUGCCGGAGUACGCCGGCGCGCUUGUAAAUUUGCUGCUCGAUUGCUAUUUGGGGUGCCGGUCGGGGCUCGCGAGAUGGAUUAGCUGUCCGCGAUCGCCAGUCCCCUGCCGCUCUACGCUGCCGCCGCUCUACGCUGCUCGCACAACCCCCCUCCCCUUCCCCCUAAUGGGCAGAGCUCCGCCACCCGCAGAGCCCUCCCUUGCCACACUUGUGUACACUUGACCACGGGGCCACGGGGCCAACCCCCAGGCCGCCCGCCCCUCCCGUUCCUCGCACGUUGAGAGUCAGACCUUGGACUAGCUGUCCGAUGAGAUGUCAGAGAUUUGGCGCAGAUGGCGGAGGACGACACGCGUAGCGUCCGAAGCUGCUAAGCCAAAGCGCGUGCUUCAGUGCGAGCGGAUGCGGCUGUGCAUGGCUGCAUUUCGUCGUUCAAAAAACUUUGUAAUGAUGAUUCAUUCCUCAAAAA